CCCCCCCGCGGCGGUGUAGACUCCGUGGAGCUGCAGCGGGGCUGGGGCGCUCCCCUCCAGGUUGGGGAGCCGGGGGGUCAGGGCCCCCGUGGUCGGAGGUGCAGGGCCUGUCAGCUGGGCCCUAGGGCGGCCAACUCCACGGCUGAGUCAACACGCAGGCCUCCUGGGACAUGCCAUUCCCACCCCGCACGGGGGCCACGCCCAGGAACACACACAGGCCCGGAACCCCAGCUCCCACCAGCCUCCCAGCGGAAACCUCCCAACGUGUGGCCAUCCCGUUGCCCAGGACAGACCCGAGCUCAUCAGUCCCCAGGACGUUCAGUGUGCCCCCAAGGACACAGCCGGUGCCCAACCCCGUGGCCUACUUCCUGCACCAGUCCCCAUGGUGGGUCCAUCGUGGGGAGACGCUCGGCAACCACUUCGUGGAGCUCGUGGUGCCUUUCUUCAUCUUCCUGGGCCGGCGGAUGUGCGUCCUGCAUGGGGCCUUACAGAUCCUGUUCCAGGUGAUCCUUAUCAUCAGCGGGAACCUGAGCUUCCUCAACUGGCUGACCAUGGUGCCCAGCGUGGCCUGUUUCGAUGAUGCAACUCUGGGGUUCUUGUUUCCCUCUGGGCCUGGUGGCCUGAAGUACCGAGUCCUGAAGAUGCAGGAGGAGGCUGCCCGAGGGGCCCUAGCCCCCCUGAGAUACGCAUCACCAAGGAGCGCACGGAGGUCAUCCUACAGGGCACGGCUGCCCCCAACGCCAGCUCGCCCGAUGCCGUGUGGGAGGACUAUGAGUUCAAGUGCAAGCCGGGGGACCCAGGGCGGCGGCCAUGCCUCAUCUCCCCCUACCACUACCGCCUGGACUGGCUCAUGUGGUUCGCAGCCUUCCAGACCUACGAGCACAACGAGUGGAUCAUCCACCUGGCAGGCAAGCUCCUGGCCAACGAUGCCUCAGCUCUGUCCCUACUGGCCGUCAACCCUUUCGAGGGCAGGGCGCCCCCCAGGUGGCUGCGGGGAGAGCACUACAGGUACAAGUUCAGCCGCCCUGGGGGCCCACACGCCGCCGCAGGCAAGUGGUGGCUCCGGAAGAGGAUCGGCCCCUACUUCCCCCCCGUCAGCCUCCGGGACCUGGAGGACUACUUCCGCUCCCGGGAGUGGCCGCACCCGGCCGUGGAUGUGGACUAGAGCCGCCCAGGCACCGACGAAUAAAGCCGGGCCUGGCCGCGUGAGUGGAGUCUCGUGGGCCGGGCAGCGCCACCCACUGUCCUGGAAGCGCCCUGGGGGGCGGUGGGUCCCUGGGAGCAACUCUCCUGGCCUCUCCAGGCAGCCCCGGGCACCAGGGGCAGCUAAAGCCCCGCGUGCCUGGCACGGCUACGAGGAAGCUGCCAGUCCCUGCCGGUGCCCCCACGUCCGGCGGGCCCCGCCCUCCUCCCUGCCCGCAGCCGCCUCAGGACCUUCGUGCCGCCCCGAGGCCCAGUGCCCAGACGCGGGCACAGAAGCCCUUUGUUCCUGCCUGGGCGGGGCUCCUCCCCUGCUCUGCGGCCCCGCCCCCCCAGCCUCACACCCCGGGGUGCAGCCAGGGCUGGGGUGCCCACAGUGGCCAUUCCGAGGCCCCGCGGGCACAAGUGAAGCUAAUUACCCUCGCCUGGCGGCCUCUGCCCUGUGAGCUGGGGUGGCCCCAGGGCCCUACCGCCUGAACUUCGCGGAGAACAAACAACUCCCGCCCAGGGAGAGGUCUCCCUGCUGAAGCGACAGCCAAGCACCGGGUGGCAUGGCCCCCCCCGGCCCUGGGCAGCCCCCCCUUCUCAGCCGGGCAGCAGCAGGCGCCCCUCCCUCUCCCCCACUGUCCGGAGGGCCGGGCUGCAGCAGGGAGGGUCCCGGCGGGAACGAGGUGGGCACAGUGCGGGUCUGUGUGGGGCCAGCGGUCCAGGUGCCGACAGAGGGGCCGUGUUCCUGCUCGCAGGCAAACAGCCUCCCUGUGUCUGUCAGCACAGACCCGGCCUCAGAGCAGAGCCUGGAGCCAGCAAGUCUGCCCGCGGCAGCCACACGGAGCUGACCACCGGCCCGCUGUGGCCUGGGCAGCCCUGCCCGGGGGGCUGUCCUAGGAGUCCUGCCAACGGGUGGGGGCCCCGAGGACCGAAGAAGCCAGUGCCUUGGCUUGGGUGCCACCCCCCAGGACCACAGCAGGGCCCUGCCACCCCUCCUGCUGUACCCAGAACCCCUGCCCGGUGGCUCCUCCCUGGGCCCUCAGGCCAGCUGUGCCCCCCAGGCCCCCCACGACCCUUGAGAGCCACACAAUGCUCAGGCCUUGGGGCACAUGGGGACACUUCAGGGGACCCCAGGUCCAGGCACUGGGCCCUCUGACCAAAGACCCCCUCCCAGAUCUACUCCCACAGCCUCCACCUGCGAGUCCGCAGACAGCUUCAGAGCCAACCCCGAGGCCCGCGGCCUCCUGAGACUGCAUCCCUCCUCCACCCAAAGCCCUCCGUGGCUCCCCUGCCUCACCGAGCACACGCUGGGGUCACCAUGUCCCCCCUCCAGCACCUGCUGCGCCGACACCCACAAGCCCGCACCCCCUCAGGGCCCGCAGCACCAACACAGGCCUGCAUGAAACGCCUGAAGAAGGGCCCGAACUCCGCAUCUGCCCUGCCCGCCACUGCCCUCUCUCGGCACCUGCCGUUUCCUGCUUGACACGGGAGACACUUCAGGAUCUGGGGAUGCAGGGACACAGGACGUCAGCCUCCCUCCCGCGGCCCUCUGGGGCUGGGGACGCUGCACGGCUGUGUCCAGGCGGCCGGGGCCAUUCGCCCCUCCUCGCUCUGCCCCACCGAGUCCUCUCCCUGGGGAGCAGGGUCUGCUGGGUGAGGUCCUCCCAGGCGGCCAGAAACCUGCGGCAGAAGCCAGGCGGGUCAGGCUUAAGUCGACAUGCUGGCAAUGCUGCCCUCAGCUCCUGAACCCAAUGGCGGGGGCACAGCCCACAUGCGCCAGCCUUGGCUGGACCGUGGGGCAUGGGCAUCUUCUCGUUUGCUGAGAGGGUCCUCACUCAGAUCAGAGACCCGCAGGGCAGCUGCUGUGCCCCCCUCCCCCUGGGGCUCCCGGGACGGCCCUGUGCCCCGUAGUCCCAGGCUGCUGCGGGGUGAAUUCAAGAAUGUUACAGGUUGCUACAAGUGGCGCAGGUGGGACUACUCCCGCCCUCCACCGCAUGUUCCUGUAACUUCCAGAACUCUCCCCGUCUCUGGGGCGAUGGCUCUUUCCAUUCCUGAUGCUUACUCUGGGCUUUUCUUUCUUCUCUCCUCGUCAAUCUCAAAGCACCGACACUGGGUUUUCUAGGCAGCUUUCCUGUUCGCAGCUCACAGAUGCACAUGCUUCCUUCACAGUCCAGGUGGAGCUCUUUACCAUCUUGGCCUGAAAACUUCCAUUUCUUUCUCUUCCUCCUCCUGAUCUCAUAAGGAAUGCAGCUGAAGAGCUCCAGUUGCGCCUACACUCUGCCAGAUGCUGUGAUCCUUGCCUGUGAAUUCUAGAAAUGUUGAUUUCCCCUUUAGCUCAUCAAAACAGAGGUGGGGAUUUUAAUUUCCAGAUGAAUGGAUUUGGGCCUACCUUUCGUUUAUCUUCAGUUUUAUUGCAUGCUUUGCCACCCCCACGUGUCCUGAGGAUUGACGUCCCUUUUAGAAGCAAACAGUCUCCUGGGAAGGACAGCCUCUCCAGCCCUGAGGCAGCUGCUUGUCCUUCUCUGCUGAGAAGUUCCCUGGGUCCAUUCCCCAUGCUGACCUCUCUGCCCUGUAUCCACACAGUAUAAAGAUGCUUUCACUCUCAGGGAUGCGGUUUCAAAGCCACUGAGUAAAGUGGAGCUGACGUAUCAGCCAAUCAACCUUUAAACUCCUGACGUAAUUGAUGAAACUAACAAGCCUCUAUCUAGCUUGACUGACAGAGAAAGAAAAUGCAAAUAACUAAAGUCAAAAUAAAGUGGAGGCAUUACUUUUUAUGGAAAUAAAAAGGAUUACAAUAGUACUAUGA